AUGGCUAGAACUGGUCUGGAGCUUGGGAGAAGUGCACUGUUUGUCUUGGCGCUUUGCGUUGUGGCAGUGGCCACCGCAUCGGCCGAUACCCAUGAGCGCAAAAUUCGUGCCGCCGAGGGUUACUUCUACCCCCCGCCCGAUGUGCCGUUCGAUCUGCCCGUUCGCACCACCCAGCCGCCCACCAGGCCGCCCACAAGGCCGCCAACGCGCCCUCCCACUAGGCCACCAACCACUCGUCCUCCAGCAACCUACCUGCCGCCCACCAACAAGCCACUGCCACCAGUGACCACCCGUCUGCCUCCUCCACCACCACCACCAAGGACUCCUGCCCCAACGAGGCCACCAACUAGGCCACCAACCACUCGUCCUCCAGCAACCUACCUGCCACCCACCAACAAGCCACUGCCACCAGUGACCACCCGUCUGCCUCCUCCACCACCACCACCAAGGACUCCUGCCCCAACGAGGCCACCAACUAGGCCACCAACCACUCGUCCUCCAGCAACCUACUUGCCACCCACCAACAAGCCACCGCCACCAGUGACUACUCGUCGUCCAACACCACCACCAACUCGUCCACCAACCUACGCACCCACCACUCGUCGCCUGACGACUCCAGCUCCUACUUACCUGCCACCCACCAACAAGCCUCAGACACCGGUCACCGUGCGCACCACCGUUCGCACCACUCCUCGUCCAACUCCUCCUCCUACCAGGCCACCAACUAGGCCACCAACCACCUACCUGCCCCCCAUUACACCGGUCACCGUGCGCACCACCGUUCGCACCACUCCUCGUCCAACUCCUCCUCCUACCAGGCCACCAACUAGGCCCCCAACCACCUACCUGCCUCCCGUUGUCGUGCGCACCACCCGUGCCACCCCACCACCAACUCGUCCACCAACCUACCCACCCACCACUCGACGUGUGACGACUCCGGCUCCUACUUACCUGCCACCCACCAACAAGCCUCAGACCCCGGUCACCGUGCGCACCACCAUUCGCACCACUCCCCGCCCAACUCUGCCACCCACGAGGCCCCCAACCCGCCCACCAACCACCUACCUGCCACCCCCAACUGUGCGCACCACCCGCCCUCCUCCACCACCCACUCGUCCCCCAACUAGGCCCCCAACCACCUACCUGCCCCCCCUUGUCGUGCGCACCACUCGUGCCACCCCACCACCAACUCGUCCACCAACCCGUCCACCAACCUACGCACCCACCACUCGUCGUCUGACCACCCCGGGACCCACAUACUUGCCACCCACCAACAAGCCUCAGACACCGGUCACCGUGCGCACCACCGUUCGCACCACUCCUCGUCCAACUCUGCCUCCUACCAGGCCUCCAACUAGGCCCCCAACCACCUAUCUGCCACCCCCAACUGUGCGCACCACCCGUCCUCCUCCACCACCCACUCGUCCCCCAACUAGGCCCCCAACCACCUACCUGCCCCCCGUUGUCGUGCGCACCACUCGUGCCACCCCACCACCAACUCGUCCACCAACCCGUCCACCAACCUACCCACCCACCACUCGUCGUGUGACGACUCCGGCUCCUACUUACCUGCCACCCACCAACAAGCCUCAGACCCCGGUCACCGUGCGCACCACCAUUCGCACCACUCCCCGCCCAACUCUGCCACCCACGAGGCCCCCAACUCGCCCACCAACCACCUACCUGCCACCCCCAACUGUGCGCACCACCCGUCCUCCUCCACCACCCACUCGUCCCCCAACUAGGCCCCCAACCACCUACCUGCCUCCCGUUGUCGUGCGCACCACUCGUGCCACCCCACCACCAACUCGUCCACCAACCUACCCACCCACCACUCGUCGUGUGACGACUCCGGCUCCUACUUACCUGCCACCCACCAACAAGCCUCAGACCCCGGUCACCGUGCGCACCACCAUUCGCACCACUCCCCGCCCAACUCUGCCACCCACGAGGCCCCCAACCCGCCCACCAACCACCUACCUGCCACCCCCAACUGUGCGCACCACCCGCCCUCCUCCACCACCCACUCGUCCCCCAACUAGGCCCCCAACCACCUACCUGCCCCCCGUUGUCGUGCGCACCACCCGUCCACCUCCCCCACCCACCCGUAGGACCACCGUGUACGUGCCACCACCAACCGUGCGCACCACUGUGUACGUGCCACCCCCGACUCAGCGCACCACAGUCUACGUCCCACCCGCACCCACCAAGCACCAGGGCUACCAGUACCCCGUGCCCAGCAUCCCCUUCAACUUCUAG